AGCCUUUGCUAAAAAUGUCAUUUAAGUAUUAGACAGAAAUAUUAUUUUGUUUGGAAUUUUUUCUUUAGUAUUUCUUUUAAAAAUGAUUUGUGGGAAAAUUUUAGGUAUAUAUCAAAGAAGGGCCUGCUCCAAUGUACAGAAUCCGUCGCUUCAUAUACAUCCAGAUAAUGUGAAACCUUCAGUGCAAACAGUGCUCGAUCCCAAAAAUAAUAAGGGUCUUGGCUUCAAUAUAGAGGAGCGUCAACGUUUGGGUGUUCAUGGGUUAUUUCCCUACACCUUUCGGACCUUGGACGAACAGGUCGUGUCUGUGUUGACAAAUUUUAGAGGACGCACAUCGAAUCUUAGCCGUUAUCGUUACUUACGCUCGGUGCGGCAACGUCAUGAGCGAUUGUAUUUUCGAUUUAUAAGCGAAUGCAUUGAAGAGGUAUUGCCUGUUAUCUAUACACCAACAGUGGGCGAGGCUUGUAGUGUAUUUGGCACGUUAUUUCGCAAUCCCAUCGGUCUGUUUAUUAACAAAUUCGAUCGUGGUCACAUUAAGGAUGUUCUAGCCAAUUGGCCAGAGAAGGAUGUACGCAUUGUUGUUGUCACGGAUGGUGAAAGAAUUCUCGGCCUAGGCGAUUUGGGUGCCAAUGGCAUGGGUAUAUCGGUGGGUAAAUUGGAAUUGUAUACAGCUUUGGGUCGCAUCGAUCCACAAUACGCGCUGCCCGUCACCCUCGAUGUGGGCACUAACAAUGAGAAGCUUCUGAAUGAUCCGUUGUACAUAGGAAUUCGUGAGAAACGUAUGACUGGCGAAGAAUAUGAAGAUUUUGUGGAUGAAUUUAUUGAUGCUGUGACCGAGACAUGGAGUCACAAGACUUUAGUACAUUUCGAAGAUUUCUCGACUGUGCACGCAUUUCGUUUCCUAGAUAAAUAUCAAAAUUGUUAUACUUUUAUCAACGAUGAUGUACAGGGAACAGCCUCGACUGUGUUGUCAGGCUUCUUGGUUAUCGAGAAAAUAACAAAAAAGCCGCUCAAUGAGCAUGUCUUUUUGUUUGCCGGAGCUGGCAGUGCCGCCACGGGUACAGCAGAUCUUCUGGUAAAAGAACUAAUACAACGUGGACUCGAAAAAGAUGAAGCUGUGAAAAAUAUUUAUCUAUGUGAUGAGAAAGGUUUGGUCACCAAAGAUAGACCUGAUAUGCUCGAAAGGCUAAAGCCUUUGGCUAAAGAUACAUCGAUGGCUAUCAAAAGUGUUGCAGAAUGUGUGGAGAAGCUCAAACCUUCCAUAUUGGUUGGCGCCACGGGUGUAGGUGGUAUUUUUACGGAGCAGAUAUUGCAAAAUAUGGCUAAAAAUCAUGAAAAGCCAGGCAUUAUAGCACUCUCGAAUCCCACCGAUAAAUCGGAAUGUACUGCCGAGCAGGCCUAUAAGCACACAGAGGGUCGUGCAAUAUUUUCUUCCGGCUCACCAUUCCCACCUGUGGUUAUUAAUGGCAAACGUAGAGUUACGGGUCUUGCCAAUAAUUGUUUUAUUUUUCCGGGUGUGGGUCUUGGUGUUCUAUGCGCCAAUCCCCAUCAUAUACCCGAAGAGGUUUAUCUUGUGGCAGCUCAUACCAUGGCUAACUCUAUAUCUGAUGAGUCUCUAGAGAGUGGCAGCAUAUAUCCAUCUGUUAAAGAUGCUGCCGAUUUGGCUUUCAAUAUAGGAGUAAAAGUUGCUGAACAUUUCUUUGAGGUCGGUCUAUCCGAUGCCGAUCCCAAGCCAAAGGAUAUAUGCGAAUGUGUUAAGAGUCAAUUGUAUCCAACUGAUUAUGGUUCCUCAUUGACACCGACUUGGUCAUAUCCAAAUUUGAAGAAAAACUAAGAAUUGAUUUUUCUGUCAAGACAAAGUUUUUCGAAUUUGUAUACAAAUUUUUCUUAUAUUUUGUUU